UAAAACCCAUCGUCUCUCUUCAAUUUAAUCCAACAAAAUUUCGUGCAUUUCACGUUUUGCUCUCCGAUUGACUCGUAAGUUAGUCAUGGUGGGUGAAACAAUUGAUGGAGCUUGCAAUAGCGUUCUUGUUACACAUGCACAUGCUGAUCCUCGGAGGACUUAUCAGGUAGUUGUUGCUGCCACCCAAACUAUGGGUAUUGGUAAAGAUGGGAAAUUGCCAUGGAGGUUGCCUUCUGACCUCAAAUUCUUCAAGGAUGUCACCAUGACUACAUCAGAUCCAGCCAGAAAGAACGCUGUCAUAAUGGGAAGGAAAACAUGGGAGAGCAUACCUUUAGAGCAUAGACCCCUGACUGGUCGCCUCAAUGUUGUACUCACUCGUUCAGGGAGCUUUGACAUUGCAACUAUAGAGAAUGUUUUAAUAUGUGGAAGCAUGAUCUCCGCAUUGGAGUUAUUAGCAGCAUCUCCUUAUCGACUAUCUAUAGAGAAUGUGUUUGUAAUAGGUGGUGGCCAGAUCUUAAGGGAAUCCCUCAAUGCUCCUGAAUGCGAUGCUAUCCAUAUUACUGAAAUUGAAACACACAUUGAUUGUGAUACUUUCAUCCCUGCAAUUGAAGCUUCAGAAUUCCAGCCAUGGUACUCAUCAUUUCCCAUAGUGGAAAAUGGAAUUCGCCACUGUUUCACCACCUACGUUCGUGUGAGGAAUUCUGCAGCUGAAGCCGAUACAAAGGCUAAUGGCUCGUCAGAUAGUGGCCAGGGCUCUUUGCAAUCUGAUGUGAAGACGUUUUCUUUCCUACCCAGAAAGAUAUUUGAGAAGCAUGAGGAGUACCUUUAUCUGAGACUCGUGGAAGACAUCAUUUCUGAUGGUGCUAUAAAAGAUGACCGCACACGGACUGGUACAUUGUCAAAAUUUGGUUGCCAGAUGCGAUUCAAUCUGAGAAAAUCUUUUCCACUGCUUACAACCAAGAGAGUUUUUUGGCGAGGGGUUGUAGAAGAACUUUUGUGGUUCAUUAGUGGGUCAACAAAUGCCAAGGUUUUGCAAGAGAAGGGCAUUCAUAUAUGGGAUGGUAAUGCAUCUCGAGACUACCUUGACAGUAUUGGUUUGGUGGAUAGAGAGGAAGGUGACUUGGGACCAGUGUAUGGAUUUCAGUGGAGACACUUCGGUGCAAGGUAUACUAACAUGCAUGCUGACUAUACGGGCCAAGGAUUUGAUCAAUUAUUAGAUGUUAUCGACAAGGUGAAAAAUCAUCCAGAUGAUCGCUGGAUCAUUCUUUCAGCAUGGAAUCCUUCGGACCUCAAGCAGAUGGCACUUCCACCUUGUCACAUGUUCACACAGUUCUAUGUGGCACAUGGGGAGUUAUCUUGUCAAAUGUAUCAACGAUCUGCGGAUAUGGGUCUUGGUGUUCCAUUUAACAUAGCAUCUUAUGCCCUGUUGACAUGCAUGAUCGCCCAUGUUUGUGAUCUUGUUCCUGGUGAUUUUAUCAUUGUUCUUGGUGAUGCUCAUGUCUAUAGCACUCAUGUGAGACCUCUGCAGGUUCAGCUUCAGAAGAUGCCUAGACCUUUUCCAAUCUUGAAGAUCAAUUCCCAGAAAAAGGAUAUAGAUGGUUUUGUGGCUGAUGAUUUCAACCUAAUAGGAUACGAUCCUCAGCAUAAGAUAGAAAUGAAAAUGACAGUAUAGAGGUGGCCAUCGUCAUCGGGGUUUUGCACUUUUGCAUAUCGAACUUAUUUGUCGUUUCGGCAUUUUUUUGUGUGGGAAUGCUCACUUUUUCCUGUUGUGCUGAACCAAGCUUUAGCACAAAGUUAUGUUGGUAGUCAUGCUAAGGGAAAGCUACAAUGAUUUUGGAAGAAAUGGAUUUCGAAAACGGAUCUGUUAAAUGAAUUAGAAUGAACGUUUAAUC